CCCGCAGGCUGCGGUUCAUGAGACGGCUGCUGCUGCUGGCCGCCCUAGCGGCGGCCGUACAUUUGGACGCGGGCUCACUCACGGUUCUUGACAGCUGGUGGCCGGCUCAAUCGGUGCUACUCCGGCAAGUGUCGGACGGCCGCCGCCUGCUUCGUGCCGUGCUCCGCAACAACCGUAUCACCGAGUGCGAGCUGCAGCGUGACGCCCAGGCGUUGGGGCGCUUCUAUCAAGAGGUCGGCGCGCACUUGCAGUGCAGAGGAAAUGCAACGGACCCGUGCAACGGCGUGCACCUGCACCAUCUACGGUCGCUGCUCGAAUGGCGUCGCCUGAGGCGCGCCUGUACCGGGUUUCAGAGGCGACGUUCGAGGCGUCGCAGAGAUCUGCUCAUGUACCCGGGCACCAAUUGGUGCGGCUCGGGAAGUUCGGCGCGAAAGCUACACGAGCUGGGGCCCAACUCGCGGGCGGACCGCUGCUGCCGCGAGCAUGACCACUGCCCUUUCACCAUCGAGGCAUUCCGGAGGAGGUUUCACUUGUUCAACUACAGGCUGCACACGCUCAGUCACUGUGAAUGCGAUGAGAGGUUCCGGAGCUGCUUGAAGAUGGCCAACAACGGGGCGUCGCAUAUGGUGGGCAAGCUGUACUUCAACGUGGUGCAGACCAAGUGCUUCGUCUUCAAGUACCACGAAGUCUGCGAACUGCGCUCCUGGUGGGGGCAGUGUCUCCGGCGAGAGAAGCAGAAAGUCGCCGUGCUUAGGAGCGGAAUGACCUACUAAGACGCGCAGUGGUUGUACUUAUAUCGGUAAAUGAACACAGUAGCCCGUAACGUGAAUCACAUCCUACCAAGUUACGCUUCUUAGUAACCAAUGUCACAAAACCAGCGACUCACUACGUAUAAAC